GUAAUUUUAAUAAUAAAUGCAAUUUCACCUUUAUUAAAGAAAGAAGAAACUUUUUACAUUAUUCGUAUUUAUAAGAGAAGACGAGUUGUGAAACAUCCCUCGGAACGCAGGAUCAAAGUCGACGUGAAAUUCUUCGAAAGAUAGAACCAAAUUCAGUGGUAUUCGAACUAUGUCCAAACAGGAGAUAAGGUCAGCGCGCACGAAAUGAACACAGUAGACAUAACGGCCCAAUCUUCAGUCCCCAUACACCUUGCUUGCUUUUGCGUUCACAUUGUUUUUCUGGCACAGUCAGUAUCUAUCGCGUCGAGGACUGUUACAGAACGCGUCGAGAUACGUGAAUGAAAAAUAAAAGUGAGUUCUUCGUCCUCGUUAAAAUGUUCCGCAAGUCAUUGUUUUGCAUUGUGAUACUAACGAAUUUUACUCUGUUCUGUAAAAGCAAAGCGAUUCAAAAUCAAGAUAUUCGUUCUAAUAUUAUAAACAACGCUGGAAGGGCACAAGAUGAGUACAUAAAUGGAAGAAUCGACUCUGAAGCACCUGAGAGUGAAUCCUUAAGUGGGAAAGGGACAACCCAUGAUACCUGCGUUGGAAACUGUAACGGAGAGAACCCAAAAUUCUUGAGCCAUGAUAAACAGCCGUGUCCUUACGAAAAUAAAGGCCUAUGUUUAAUUUUUUCUUUAUCGAAAAUCGCUAACGUGCAAGUAGCAACAUUAGGCGAAGCAUUGACGCAUACUUUAAAAUCGAAUAUAUUUGACAACACAUCAAAGGACGCUAAAAAUUCGAGGAUCGACGAGAAGUUAAGAGAGGAGGAACAUUUGCAUCUCGGUUCAGGAAAUCGAAAUGGAAACAGAUACUCCGAGAAUUUUUCGGGGAAUCGGAUGAGAUCAUCGAACGUUCACUGCAGAGCAGUCCGAGACGUUUACAUAGCAGAAGUAAAGCGGCAUCUGCCAGCUUUCGCUUGUAAAUUCGGGAAUCGUACGGUCGUUUUAUCGAGCGAGAGAUUUCUUCAAGAUCGACGAUUGUAUUUGGAUAUAAGGGUCGACGAGGAUACGUUUACGAAUAUUAAGCUUGCCCCGAAAAUUGCCAGAAGUAACGAAUUCAACGUGAUACCCGCUCUUCUGAUUUUAAAUGUCGCCAAUAAUGAUUACAGGAUAGAAAUGCGUAAAAGUAUUCCUAACGAGGGGAAAGUCAAUCAAGCGGAAGGAAAUCGAUAAGAAAUUAUCAAACGAGUAAUCGUGUUCUGUAGAAGGUUCAAAUACCCGGUGAUAAUUUCGAGUUCGUUAUCUUUUGUUAGGUAAACAGUACAUAUAAACGUGGUAAUCGUAACUGUAUCAGUAACUAUUUCUUUGUAACGAUCGGAACAAAUUGUAUGCUAAUUGUAUGAUGAGAUUAAGAAGAUUGUUAACCGUUUCUUUCAAUUUCGUUGCGUUGCUAUUAUAAACGUUCGACAUAAAUGUAAUUCGUACAGAAACUUGCUGUUCCAUUUUAUUUCAUAUCCUGCCUUCGAGAUACUUUAUUCGAGCACAA